UGAUGGAGCCCAUGACGGUGACAACGUCAGUGGUUGGACCAGAUGAGUUCGACCGCAAUGUCCCACGGAUCUGCGGAGUGUGUGGAGACAAGGCCACUGGCUUUCACUUUAACGCCAUGACCUGUGAAGGCUGCAAGGGCUUCUUCAGGCGCAGUAUGAAACGUAAAGCCUCCUUCACCUGUCCAUUCAAUGGAAGCUGCACCAUCACGAAGGACAACCGGCGCCACUGCCAAGCCUGUCGUCUUAAACGCUGCAUUGAUAUCGGCAUGAUGAAAGAGUUCAUACUGACAGAUGAGGAGGUUCAAAGGAAAAGGGAAAUGAUCAUGAAGAGGAAGGAGGAGGAAGCGGCCCGGGAGGCGCAGAGGCCACGGCUGAAUGAGGAGCAGUCUCGGAUCAUCUCCUGCCUGGUGGAAGCUCACCACAAGACCUAUGACACCUCCUAUACUGACUUCACACGCUUUAGGCCACCUGUGCGUGAUGGCCCGGUUACACGCAGUGCCAGCAGAGCCGCCUCUCUUCACUCACUGUCUGAUGCCUCUUCUGAUUCAUUUAAUCACUCUCCUGAGUCGGUGGACACCAAGAUGAACUUCAACAGCCUGUUAAUGAUGUACCAGGAUGGUGCUAGCAGUCCUGAUUCCUGUGAGGAGGACGCCAAACUCUCCAUGCUGCCCCACCUGGCUGACCUGGUCUCUUACAGCAUCCAGAAAGUCAUAGGCUUUGCCAAGAUGAUCCCAGGCUUUAG